UCACAUUUCUCUGGUGUGCAAGUAAGUCAUCCCUGUGCAUCAAAUGAACUAAAGCUCAGUGCUGUGAUGGUCAUUCCGACAAUUUCUUCCUGAAAUGUUAUGUGCAUGCAUAAAACCAGUGGUGACAAUAAGCCGAAUGACGUACUAGUAAUAAAGCUAUGUCUGCAAUACAGUUGUACAGGAACCAUGAAUACAUGAUAUAGUGGCUACUGCUUAAAAGAACUUGAUCAUGAACACGGAGCUGUGGAAAAUAAUCACAGUUGCCAAGCAGGAGAAGCACAGAAAUCUGUACCUAAAUUACAAGAACCUCCGCAAAUUCCCUCAUGAACUACUGAAAGAUGGUGGCUCACAUCACUUAGAGCAUCUCUAUAUGAAGAUGAAUUCAUUAACAACUCUGCCAGAAAACCUUGGACAGAAGCUUCCAAAUCUUAUUGAAUUAUAUUUGCAUUCCAAUAACAUAGAAGCAAUUCCAGAAGCAAUUGGCACCCUGGUUAAACUUCAGACAUUGGAUCUUAGUAAUAACGCCUUGGCUAUCCUUUGCCCUGAGAUUGGUCAGUUGAGAUCUUUACGGCAUCUGCGAUUGAUGAACAACCGACUGAAAUUUCUUCCUUCUGAAAUUGGAGAUCUAAGAGAACUGCAGACCCUUGAUGUCUCAGCCAAUUGCUUGACUGUGUUGCCAGAGAAUCUUCAUUUAUGCUUUUCCCUGCAGUAUUUGUCUGCCGACCGGAACCAGCUUAAAGAUAUACCCAGGCAACUUUGCUUGCUUACAAACUUGAAAGAACUCUCUGUAACUAGCAACAAUUUAAAAUGUUUACCACAAGAUCUGGGGCGAUAUCCAGAGCUUCAAUGUGUGUAUGUAGACAACAACAUUCAAUUAUGUGGACUACCGUCUUAUCUCUAUAACAAAGUUAUUGGCCACAGUGGUUGCGGUUUCUCAACACAAGAUGAAGAUGUGAAGCUGUCAUUUUCCCAUAAACAGAUGACCAUCAUUCUGCCAAAUGAAAUCCUGGGAAUAGGAACAGAAAAUGACCCUGUGCCAACCCUUCAAGAAAUGGUUAUGAGAACUAUCUACAGUGUUUUCCGAAUAUCUGAGAAAGGUCUGGAAAUCUUGUCCCCAAUCUCAUUACCUAGGAAUCUGUACAAGUUACUAUUCUACCCACUGGGACACUGUCAUCACUGCAGCAAGCCAAUGUUUACCAUUGUCUAUCCUAAGUGUUAUCCUCUGAUGGAGACCCCUAUGGCUGCCUUGUAUAAUGGGAGAACAAAAAUGAGCUUCGUAGCAUACUGCUGCUCUGUCAAGUGUCUACAGCUUUUUGACUUGCUCAGAUGAUAGACCUCAUAAUGAGGAAUGAAUUACUGCCAGCACUUGGAAGAGACAUUCCUGGGUGAAACUCUCUAUGAUGAGCACAGUUUGUCAGUAAGACCCUUAUGAUUUGCAAAAAUCUGUGCCAAAUUUUUUGGGAGAUGGUCUGCAAAAAUGAUAAUACUUUUCAAUUUGUACUAAUAACUAUUACAUUUCCACACAGUUGUGCAAAUUCUUAAUAUUAAUGAAAGUUACUGUCAUAAUUAGACAUCAAGAUGGUUUGAGACUCUGUCUUCUGUAAGUUAAUGAAUAUAAGUACCAGGCGACAAUGUGCAAACAAAUAAAUGAAUACCAGUUUGGCUUAAAGAAAUGAAGGACAAAGCUAACUUUGUUUGAAGUGGUUAAUUACAGAAUUUGAAUGACUUUCUCCAUAAUUUCCUCUGUUAUUAAAACCUAGGAAUUACUUCAUAUCUGAUAAUAUACCACAAUUAGAUUCUCAAAUAAAAUAGAUCAUGAAGCAGUUAUGAGCAAAUUGUAUAGUAUGGAGUACCCUGCAUUACAGGGGCUGAAUUUAUAGCAAAUAGUCUGUACCACAAUUCUCUGUAAAGCGAAGUAGUGAAUUCUGCACUUACUCUAAGAAACACAAAUUUAAAAAAUUGUUUAUUUAUUUCCUGUCUUAUCAUGUAAUUUUCAUGAGCAUGAUUUUCCUUCCUCAACGCAAAUUUUUUGGUUAGUGAUUUGUGAAUUCUGUAAAGGUGAAUUUCCUUUAUCCAUUAGGCUUUAACACAUUAUUACAGCUGUUGUAAGAUCAUUAUUACAACCUGUCUGUAAUAAUUUUGGAACCAUGGGCAGAUUGAAGGGUCAUUUAAAAACAGCUUUCAGUAAUUCUGGUUGAAUAACUAAACUUUAAAGAUAUGGCAUUAUCUUAUACUUCCAUACUUCAUGAUUUAUAUUUUAGCCGUUACUAUUUACAAACGCAGUUGUCUCUUUGUAAGGUUACUACAUUGUAGAAACCUGUUCAUGUGCCAUUUGCUGCUUGUACGUGACAUUUGUGGGGAAUGGGAGAUCUAAGUGACAUGCAUUAUAAAGCUGUACAGAUUAUUGGUUGUUGGUUUGAUGCAUCACGUACACAAAGUAAAUUGAUUUCAUUAACAGAAGCAAAAGAAAGGGCACAAGUUUUGACCUGUGAAGAGAGUUUUAAAAAUCAGACAUGGGUGGCAAUUAAUUGAAAAAUUAUUGACCAAGAUUACUAGAUUUUGAUGAUAUAAUGUCAAAGGAUUGAAUUGCCUUUUCUUGCCCCGAUAUAAUUUACGAGUUCAUUAUGUGAAAUUUAAGAAUUAUUUAAGGAGGAUUGGUCUAAGUAGUAGUCCGAGCACUCGAAUCGAGUACGACGUUCUUGAAAGGGUUGUCUUUUGGUGGGAGCUCAGUUAGCUGUGGAGGCUGAUUAGAGAUCCACAUAACCAGAAUGUUAGGAUGGAUUUCCUUUCAAGUAGAAUGCCUCUGUGUGACUUUGUUUAAUGUGGCUGUCACCACACAGUUCCUGACUGAUUGGUGUUGAGGUCCAGUGACUUGGAGAGCUCUUCACUGCUGCUGCCAGCUCCACCACUGAGGUCUUGGGUGAUCAUUCUGUCUGGAACCUCCCCCUUGACCUUACCGCCAUGAGGGACCCUACCAGGAGCUAAGCUCCAGAUAGCUAAACUCCAGACUUGCUCUCAGGAUCUCCACCAUGACAAGGUGAUAGCCCUCGGAGAAGGCAAUCCUUAGUCUAAGGGAGAACUCAGGUAUUAAAUAAAACUACUUUUCUUCAAAAUAUGAAGGAGUAAUUGUUUAAGCAAACAGUGUUCAACGACAGCAUUGCUUUCCUAUACCCAUGCUUCAAUGUACAGUAUAUCUGAAUAAAAAUGAUGAAAAUUGGUUUCAGUUCCUUUUUGAAUUGGCCAGUCACU